AGAGAGAGGCGGGAGCUGCCUUGACGAGCAGCCAGUGACGAAGAAGGUUGGCGGGCGCCGCGGCACCCGUAUUGGAUGCGGCAAAAGGAGGCGGGGGCGACGCAAGGACGGAGCGUCACAGCAGGGUAGGCUGUGCGCCUUGAAGCCGCUGCCUGCGCCGCUGAGAGGGGACGAGGAUGAGGCGGAGGAGGGAGCCGGCGAUGGGUGGCCGGAGGCUGGGGCGUCUGUGAGGCGAGGAGAGCCCGGCGGCGCGGCUGCCUCGACCACCAGAGGAAGGAUGAGCAUAACUCUCACGCUGGGCCUGGCGCGGACAUCGGUUCUGCAUUUAGCUCACUAGGACAUGGCUGAAGAAUUGUUAACUCAUGGUUGGAACUGGGACUUCUAGUAGAACCUGCUAAUUCCUUUUACUGCUAUACUUGCAACUGGACUGUCUUGAAUAUACCUCUAUGAAUUCCUACAACGUUUGAGCCGCCAUGAGUUCGGGAUUGUGGGGUCAGGACAAAGGCAGCUCAGCCUAUUGGGAAGAGCGUGUAUUUUGUUUGCUUCUCCAAGAAUGCAGUGUAAUAGACAAGCAGACUCAAAAGCUAUUAAAAGUACCCAAGGGUAGCAUUGGCCAGUUCGUUCAAGACCGUUCUUCUGGAGGGCACACCCGAAGCAUCCCUUCGUCCAAAAGCAAAAAACUGCAAAUCGGAAUCAAGAUUUUGGAGCAGCCCCAUGCCGUCCUGUUUGUGGAUGAGAAAGACGUGACAGAAAUAAAUGAGAAGCUAGCGGAGUUGCUCUUGGCAGUUACGAAUUGCGAGGAAAGAUACAGUAUAUUCAAAAGCAAAGGCAAACUGACUAAGGGCAUCCAUAUUGAAGUUGGCUCACCGGUGAGAGUGCAGUUGAGAUCAGGAGACGAGAAAUAUCCUGGAGUUGUUCGCUUUCGAGGACCCUUGUUACAAGAAAGAUCACUCUCUGGGAUCUACUUUGGAGUGGAGCUUCUGGAAGAAGGUCGUGGACAGGGUUUUACUGAUGGACAAUACCAAGGCAAACAGCUGUUCAGAUGCGACGAGGACUGUGGAGUGUUUGUUGCACUGGACAGACUAGAGCUGGUGGAAGAUGAUGACAAUGAACUGGAGAAUGACUAUGCCGUUCCCGUUGACUCAAUGCAGGUAGAACUUCCUCCUUUGGAGCUCAACUCCAGGGUUUCUGUGAAGAUAGGCAAGAAUAUAGAGUAUGGGACAGUUAUAUUCUGUGAUGUCUUACCAGGAAACGAGAGUUUAGGAUACGUGGUUGGAGUGGACAUGGACAAUCCCAUUGGAAAUUGGGAUGGAAGAUACAACGGGCAACAGCUCUGCAGUUUUGCAAGUGUGGAAAGCACUCUCCUCUUGCAUAUCAAUGAUGUUAUCCCAGAGGCUGUUUCUCAGGACCGGAGGCCUCCCAAACUUGCCUUUACCUCUAGAGGUGGCUGUGAUAAAGGGAUCAAUCACAGUAAGCCGAAGUCUACAGGUGCACUCUCCGACUCUGGAAGCAGAAACCGAUCAGAAUUUUUCUACACCUUAAAUGGCUCUUCAGCAGAUUCCCAGCCGCAAAUGAAAUCAAAGAACACGUGGUAUAUAGACGAAGUUGCUGAAGACUCUGCCAAGUCACUUAACGACGCCUCGCCUGGGUUUGGCCACUCUUCGCCGCCGCUACAGCCUCCCCCGACGAACAGUCUGUCUGCCGAAAACAGAUAUCAUUCCCUGCCUUUCAGCCUGACCAAGAUGUCCAGCAGUAACAAUGCAAUUGGGCACAGCCCGCUCUCUUUAUCCGUUCAGUCAGUCAUUGGAGAAGGGAAUGCCGGGACCCCCCAGGACAGCCCCCCGUCGACAGUAGGGCCCAUCAACAUGCAUGGGCUUGAAGCAGGUUCCUUGGCCGAAGUGAAGGAGAACCCCCCUUUCUAUGGAGUAAUCCGUUGGAUUGGGCAACCCCUGGGGGUCAGCGAAGUGUUAGCUGGGCUGGAACUGGAAGAGGAAUGUGCAGGCUGUACGGAUGGAACAUUCAAAGGGACUCGGUAUUUUACUUGUGCACCCAAGAAGGCACUUUUUGUGAAGCUGAAGAGCUGUAGGCCCGACUCCAGAUUUGCUUCACUCCAGCCUGUUCCCAACCAGAUUGAACGCUGUAACUCUUUAGCCUUUGGUGGUUACCUGAGUGAAGUGGUGGAAGAAAACACUCCUCCGAAAAUGGAAAAAGAAGGUUUAGAGACUAUGAUUGGAAAGAAGAAAGGAAUCCAGGGUCAUUACAACUCCUGCUACUUGGACUCCACUUUAUUCUGCCUGUUCGCAUUUAGCUCUGUUCUGGAUACAGUCUUGCUUAGACCGAAAGAGAAAAACGAUGUGGAAUAUUAUAGUGAAACCCAAGAACUUCUGCGGACAGAAAUAGUAAAUCCUCUCAGAAUAUAUGGCUAUGUGUGUGCCACAAAAAUAAUGAAACUGAGGAAAAUCCUGGAAAAAGUUGAAGCUGCAUCAGGGUUCACCUCUGAGGAAAAAGAUCCAGAAGAAUUUUUGAAUAUCUUGUUUCAUCAUAUUUUGAGAGUAGAGCCGCUGUUAAAAAUAAGAUCAGCAGGACAAAAAGUGCAAGACUGCUACUUUUAUCAGAUUUUUAUGGACAAGAAUGAGAAAGUUGGAGUUCCUACAAUUCAGCAGUUACUGGAAUGGUCUUUCAUCAACAGCAACUUGAAAUUUGCUGAGGCACCCUCCUGUCUAAUUAUUCAGAUGCCUCGAUUUGGAAAAGACUUCAAAAUGUUCAACAAAAUUUUUCCAUCACUGGAAUUAAAUAUCACAGACCUCUUGGAAGAUACUCCCCGCCAGUGUCGUAUAUGUGGAGGACUUGCAAUGUAUGAAUGUCGAGAAUGCUACGAAGAUACAGACAUCUCGUCUGGCAAAAUCAAGCAGUUCUGCAAAACCUGCAAUACGCAAGUUCAUCUUCAUCCCAAAAGGCAGAGUCAUAAAUUCAACCCGGUAUCUCUUCCAAAAGACCUACCAGACUGGGACUGGAGGCACGGCUGCAUACCUUGUCAGAAGAUGGAGUUGUUUGCCGUUCUCUGUAUAGAGACGAGCCACUAUGUGGCUUUCGUUAAAUACGGCAAGGGGGACUCCGCCUGGCUGUUCUUCGACAGCAUGGCAGACCGGGAUGGAGGCCAGAAUGGCUUUAACAUUCCUCAAGUGACUCCAUGCCCAGAAGUUGGCGAAUAUCUGAAAAUGUCUCUGGAGGAACUGCAUUCCCUGGACUCCCGAAGGAUUCAAGGCUGUGCGCGGAGACUGCUUUGUGAUGCAUACAUGUGCAUGUAUCAGAGUCCGACCAUGAGCUUAUACAAGUGAGAAAUUUGUCGGGAGAGCAACUUUCCCAGUGACUUGACUCUGACCCAAGGAGACUCAGCAGGGCUGUCGGCUCAAUUGCCCGUGCGUCUGUUGCCGGCAAUGGAUGCUUCAGAGGGGUAGAAAGCAAACGCCUGGGACUAAAGAAGUGUAUAUUUUAAAGAAGGAAAACACCCCCUCCCCCGUACAAUGCAGAGUUCUCUUACUAAAGUACUUAGUAAGCAUAUUUGCACUCUAGGAAGUAUGUGUGCGCGUGUGUGGUUAUUGGAAUUUUUUUUUAAAAAAAUAAAGUCUAAAUGAAGCUACUAAAAUGUUUAGGCUGCAUUUCAGAGAAGCUUUUGUGUUCAUGGGGUGAAGCCCAACUGUGUUGAAUUUGCUGUGUGGAAUGUUCUAGAUAGACUUCAUCCAGGAAACCACAAAGCCUAUGAUGUGGGGCCGGGGAUGACUGCAUCCGUGUGUUGUCAAGUGUCUUCAGCAACAUACCUGCAGUGCGGUUUGGGGCAUGUACCUCUGUGGGACUCUGGAUGGUGACCUGAAUCCUGGCAUUGAAGUUUGGUUGGCUUGAGUUGAAGCAAGUUAAACCAUUAAAGUAGAGACAUCUGUAAUACACUGAGCAAGAGUAUGGAUGCAGUAUGUUGUCUGGCCCGACCAAGGUGUUCCUGCGAGCUGAGAAUGUGCCGUGUUCCCUUUGUAUCGAAUGGUUGUCUUCAGGAAACGCCCAGGAUUAGGCUGAUGCCAAUUUUUUUUGCAGCCAUGGGAUGUCAUUUGGAAUGAUUCCCAUAGAUGGAAGUGUUUCAUUAGAUGGCAGACUGGUUCACACGGCCCACAGCUGGGUCAGAGGGCAACUCAGCUGCUUUUUAGCAGACAAUCACUUCCCUUCAUAAGCACAGCCCUGCUGGAUCAGGCCCAAGGCCCAUCCAAUUCAGCAUCUUGUUUCACACAGUGGCCCACUAGAUGCCUCCUAACUUUCUUUUUACUCAUAGACGGGGAAAUGGGAGCAUGCACAGCUCCCAAACUUGGGUAGGAUGUGUCUCCUACUCUAAUAAGAACAGUGAGAACAGCCCUAAUAACAUUCACGCAGCCCGCUCAGUCAGUUCUGUGGACAGUAUGUGCUUCACAGGAUCCUCUCUGAGCAGGCCUCUUACUCCGUUGGUGAUUGUGUACCCAUGCACAACAAUCUUGAACGACAUCUUUGUGGCUGCAAAGCAUGUCACGGAUUCUGCAUUCUAACUUGGCUUGAAUGCAAGUCAGUCUCUGUCUCUCUCUCUCUCUCUCUCUCUCUCUCUCUCUCUCUCUCUUCUAAACUGCUAGCUGUACUUCGGUUUUCUUUUGUGCUUGGAAGCUCCUUGAGCAGAUGUCCUGCAUGCCGGCUUUGAUGGAUUUCUGUGCUGCAUCUUUUUCAGAAGCUACCCAACCCUUUGGAAGUCCUGACUCCCAACGCCAUUCUUGCUUGCAAGCAUCACAAAAACUCUUCCAUGGCUUUUAGUUGUGUUUGAUGGCAGGAGGUGAUGAGGCUGAUACCGGAUGGCUUGAGAAUUAUUGGUAGGGAUGUUAGCCAAGAGAGCUCCCUGCUGUUGUUGCUUUUAAUCUAAAGUGUAUUCUUAUAUAUUCUGUUAGGUCAGGGUGUGUGUGAGUGUGUAUUAAAAAAAAAUCCAGGGCCCUACAAGGAAUGUAACCUUGUAGCAGACCUGUACUGCAGUCCUUCACUAAGGGAAACAUUUCCUCCAGUUAUUGGGGAUCUCUACUGUCAUGGCUUCCCCUACUGUUUGGGGGAAAUCAGUGUCCAGUGUGGUAGAUGUUUAGGCCCUGCCUCCCCUCUUUUUGCUUAUUCUCCUUACCCAUGAGAGAGCUUUCAGGUGCUGCUUGCAUAUGGAGUGGAUUUGAUGGCAUUGUGCAAAGCUGGACUGAGAGGUCAGCUCCAGUGUUCCCUGUAACAGGGAUUCUCAUAUGUUGUUGGCUAAAAAUCCCAGCAUCCCCAGCUGCAGUGGCCUUUGGCUGGGGAUUAUGGGAAUUGUAGUCAACACCAUCUGGAAAUCCCUGUUACAGGGAAUACUGCUUAAUACUCUACAUACUUCUCACUGUUGGGCAAGCGUACCCUACAGUACACAGGCAUAGGACGCAAAGUGGCAACUUUUAACAGUGUAUUAGCUUUUUGCCUCAGGGAAUGUUGCUGAAAUGAAAGAUCUCGUCUGUUAAACAGAAGCUGAUGCUUGUAAUUGGGGGCUGUGUUUUGCUGCCUGGGAAUAGGCAGUGGGUUUACUUUUUCAGUUGUGUCUUGAGAUGGCGCGUACGUUUUAUCAUCUUGAAGGAUUAACUUGGGUCAAUAUGUGGUCGAAUCACUUGACUUGCUGCUCAAUACAUAUGAAAAGCUAACUUGUUUGUAUUUGAGUAUCCUGUAAAAGUGUUAAAUAUUUUUAUGAAUUGUAAGUUCUUAGCGGUUUGGGGUGUGUGUGUGUGUGGGCGGGGAGAAAUCUGUUGUAGUUGCCUUAAAUAUCUUUCUAAAUAAUGUUGUCUGAGGAGCAGCUAGAUGUACGUCCAAUGUGAACAAAAUGUAGGGAGAAAUGGAUUGCAAAUUGUACAGCCGUCCCUUGCCAAACGCGAGGGUUCAGUUCCCGCAAAACCUCAUGGUUGGAAAAUUCGUGGUUGGUGAGGCAUUGAAACCAAUGUAAAAUAGGAUUAGGGGAACAGCGACUGCAAAAUCACCUAAAAAAUCAAGUUGAAAAUGCUGGAACACCCCCACCCCUGAAUUUCAACAGGAAUGAACAGAUUGAGCCCCUUGAAAAUCCCUGGGGGAACCCCCCACUUCUCUAAUGCACCUUAAGAUCACAAGAAAACAGAAUACAAGAAAUCUUAAGCUUUUGCUACCUGACAGCCAUGCAGAUGGUCACCAGCUUCUUCCUGAUCACUUGAGGAUUUGAUUAGAAUCUCAAGGUCUUCCUCUGUGAACUCCUCAGAGUGUGACUCCAGGAACUUCAGCUGACUCAAUGUCCUCAAAGCCCUCACUGCCCAGUCGCCUGGCACAAGCCACUAUCCUCCCAAACUCUUCCUCAACAGCAGUGUUGUCUCUCAUUGCCUCCUUCCACACCUUCCUCCAGCAGGCAAUCAGGGUGCUGCUCCUGACCUCAUCCAUCGUCUCCUUGAUGAUGGUCAAGGCAUGGGCGAUAUUGUAGCCCUUCCAGGCUUCCUUCAGAGUCAUGUUGGGGUCUCCACCCAUCAGGUCAGCUAUGUGUUCAACAUUUCGCCUGGUGUAGUAAUUCUUGAAAGCCUGGAUGAUGCCUUGGUCCAUUGGCUGGAUGAGCAAUGUGGUGUUUGGAGGCAUGAACACCACUUCCACAUCGGGGUGGGCAAGCAGCAGGCCCGGAGGAUGCCCUGGGGCAUUGCCCAAGAGCAGCAGCACCUUGAAGGCCAGGUUCUUCUGUCUUGGAUAGCACUCCACCUACUGCACAAAGCAGUUGUUAAACCAAGACAUAAAGAUGGAGUGUGUUACACAGGCCUUCAUAUUCGCUGCCCAGAACACAGGGAGGUGAUUCAUGUCCUUCCCCUUCAGCGCCCGUGGAUUCUUGGACUGGUACCCCAGCAAUGGGCUUGACCAUCAGGCCACCUGAGGCGGCUCAGAACAGAAGGGUCAGCCUGUCCUUUGCGGCCUUGAAUCCUGGAGCCCGCCCUUCCUCCUUGGUGAUGAAGGUGUAUGUAUGUAUUUAUUGGUGUAUUUCGGCCCAAGGCCAGCAUAAAUACCAAAGGAAAAAGAAACAACAGGAGUAAAUACAUAAAAUAGAUAAAAUAUUAAUACCUUCAGAUACCGUAUACAUAGCUAAUUUCAUUCAAAUAGAACCGGUUAAUCUGAAGUACACAACCCGGCAUCCUGUGCCUCAAUCAUUCUAAACCGAAUCUUGCUUGCUAUGAAUAAAAAUUUUGCUACCCUCCUGUAAGCAUACUCUGACUUAGCAGCAACCAGGAAAAGAACCUUGUCCUUGCCAGAAGGGCAAUUAGAAUUGUAAUGAGUUAGCAGUGGGGAGAGAAGCUUUCCCCUUAAUUCAGUAUAAAAUCUGCACUUCAGCAUCAGAUGUUCCGUAGUCUCCACUUCACCGUUCUGGCAGGGGCAUCUGUUUGAAGCUUCUGUUUGCAGUUUGGAAUUCCGAAGUGUCUUGUUUUAUCAGAACACUGGAAACUGUGGCUUGUUCAAACCACAGUUCACAGAUUUGGCUCACAAACGAGGAUCCAACCAUGGUUUUGAUAUCCUGGUUUGCUGACUAACUAUGGCUUGCACUUGCUUGUGGACAUGGACUGUAAAAUCAUGGUUGAGCCAGGAAAAAAAUAUUGUGUGAAUGAGACCUUGUUUGAUAUAGCUUCCUUUACCAGCCUCCCACCUUGCUUGAGAACCCGCCGCCCCUCCCCCCCCACUUUCUGGUCUUAAAACUUAAUACGAAUGUAAAAUGGAGUCAUAGAAAGGCAAAUUUCAGACAUACUCUGUUCAUGAAAGAAGAAAAAUAGAAUUUUGCAAACCAGUAAAAUCUUAAGUUGAACUAGCAGCUUUUUUGCAUUUCAGAUAUUCUAUGAGCAAGUGAGGAUUUUCUUUUUCAGACCCUUAUUAGUUUGUAAUGGUAUUCCCUGAAACUUUGAGGUACAGUAGGCUAUGAAAUUCAUUGGGCAGCAUCCAAAUGAAGUUAAUCAGUACUUAAGUUACUCAUAACUGACUUGUCUUCAUUGAUUUCAAUAGUAUGUUGUCAUGACUAAUCGUCUGGCUGAUGCCUGUUCUCAUAGUCUGCAAAAACCAAGUGCCCUUGUAUAAGCCUUUGCCAGUGACUGAUAUUUAUUUUUCUUGUGGGUGGGGGAAAUUGUCUCCUGAACAUUAAAUGCCCAACAACCAGGGAACUUCUAGAUUUCUCCCACUGGCCUCUUGGUUGCACAGCUUCCUUAAGAAGAGAUAUUUUUUUAUGGUGGAGAAGGGGCAGGGGGGAUGGAAUACAUUCCCCCUGCUAGCUACUCUCAUCUAGACAUCCCCUCUGACCAAUCCCCCCCACCCCCAAUAAUAGAGUCUGGACCCAUAAGAACAGCUUUGUGGAUCAGGCCCAAGGGCCAUCUAGUCCAGCAUCCUGUUUCACACAGUGGCCCACCAGAUGCUGCUGGAAGCCUACGGGCAGGAGUUGAGGGCAUGCCCUCUCUCCUGCUGUUACUCCCCUGCAACUGGUACUCAGAGGCAUCCUGCCUUUGAGGCUGGAGGUGGCCUGUAGCCCUCCGACUAGUAGCCAAUGAUAGACCUCAUCUCCAAACCCUUCUUAAAGCCAUCCAGGUUGUUGGCUGUCACCACAUCUUGUGGCAGAGAAUUCCACAAGUUGAUGAUGCGUUGUGUGAAAAAGUACUUCUGUUUCUUGAUCCUAGAUUUCCUGGCAAUCAAUUUCAUGGACUGACCUCUGGUUCUAGUGUUAGGUGAGAGGGAGGAGAAUUUCUCUCUCUCCACUUUCUCCGCACCAUUCAUAAUUUUAUAGCCCUCUAUCAUGUCUCCCCGCAGUCAUCUUUUUUUCUAAACUAAAUAGCCCCAGGUGUUGUAGCCUUGCCUCAUAAGGAAGGUGCUCUAGGUCCCUGAUCAUCUUGGUUGUCCUCAUCUGCACCUUGUUUGCUAGAGUAACUGUAUGGAACACCAUGGGAUGCAGUGGUGUGGAGGGACGUUUUGGGGUUAAGGGGCUGGCCUCUUUCCCUCUCCCAUUGCAAGCUGCCACCUUCUAGGUUGCUCAUGGCUAUGGCAUAGUUUGGUGGUUGUUGUGUGAAUCUCUGCUGCUGACUUAAAAUGAUCUUUGAAGUGCAUCCACCCUCUUCUCCAAAGCGAUAGCCAGAUAAACCCAAGUCCCAACUGCCCUUUAUAGAGCGGGACUAAAAAUAAAAAAUAAAAUAAAUAAACUCAACUAAUGAAGCAAGUUUGUGUUGCAGGUGUGGCUACAGGCUACUUUCUCUGCAAGAAGCCUUAAAUUGGAGAUGAAAGUUUGGGCGGUAUAUAAAUUUGAUAGAUAGAUAAAUAAAUAAAAUUGUGAAUAAGAUUGGGGUGGCCUGUACCCAAUGGCUAUCCGCCCAUUGUGUCCUGUUCCUGAGUUUCCGCUCGUCUUGGUCUGAUUUGGAGUUAUUUUUAACUGUGUGGAAAUGUGUCAAAUAGAUACGCUUUUGGUAGUUAGUCCGAAUUCAUGAUCAUGUAACUUGAGUGAUCACUCCAGUAGUCAGUGGGGAGCAGUGAUAUUGAAUGUGUGUCAGUACUUUCAUUCCUGUUUCUGAACGAACGGCCAGUUAACUCUGGUUAGCGACUUAGUAGAAUACAAAGAACCCGGGUGGAGUUCAGUUGAGCUGAACGCCGUCUUUGAGAAGACUUGCAUUUGCAUUUAUACGAAAGCUCAGUCUGUGGUGAUGGUUUCCCCGUAUCCAGAACCUCUCUUGGCGUUGCAGUUUUUGUGUGAUGUAAACAUGCAUGUGCGGACUCUCCUUUUUGAAUGUGAGGUACAGUAGAGCAAAAUGUUAAUACUGAGGCCAUCUUUUUAUAGUACCUUCCCUCUCACUUCUGUUUCAAAUGUUUUGUGUUUUUGGCCUUCUGAUACGUGUUCUUUAAUGCCUUCCUCUGAACAUUGAAAAUGAUUGCCGUGUAUAGGGAAGGAAAUACCAAUGGAUGUGAAAACAGUUUCAUCUUGGGUUGUAUCGCACUUUUCACAGACUUUGGCACAUUAGCAGGAUGUCGGCACACUAGCAUCACAUUACCUGGUACGAGCUUGUCCCGGAAGAACUGCAGUUGAACAAAGGUUGAACUUUAUUUUUACCUUUAUUUAGACUACCUGUUUUAAGGUUUGGAUUUAUUUAUUCUGGCAUUGUAACCAACUGUGUUCUGCAUUGGCUUGCACAACUCCUAGUACUUUUAUGGUUUGUUAAAUAAACAUCCUGUGUCCAGAGCUGUUGUCUCCUCGAUAGAUUGUCUCCACCAAGAAUGUAAGGACGUGUGUUAUCAGGUUGCUGUAAUUAAGCCUUAAUUUCCCAGAGAAGAAGCGACUGUACCAUAUCCUAUUUCUGUAUUAAUAUUUAUUAAACUUAUCAUUUUUA